GCCUCAAGCUGUGCACUAUGAAUGUUAACGGCGCUGGCUCUUCCUUCGAGGCCUUGCGGGUCUACACGGAGAUGCGCACGGACAUCAUGGUUUUCCAGGAGACACACCUGGAGGGACAUCGGCUGGCCACCUUUUCAGCUGAGGCCAAGCGACGGGGUUAUCGGGUUUGGAGUGUUCCUGCUCAGACCGGGCGAGAUUCUCUCGGCCGAGGCACCAUAAAUGGCGGUCUUGCGGUGGCUGUCAAAGACGGGCUGCCCGCUUUCCUGGUGAACUCUGUGUCCGAGGCUGCUGGCGAGGCUUUGGUUCUUCAGUGUGGGCAGUGGCGGGUCUGCGGACUCUGGCAAAGGCCUGCCUUGGUGUCAGUUGGCUUGCUCACACAACACGUGCUGGAAGCGGCCAGUGCCGGCUACGCGGUGCUUGCUUUGGGUGAUUUCAAUCAUCUUCCCUCCGAGGGCCCUCUCGUGAUCGAUAGCAGUGCUACUGCCUUUGCUGCUUCUGAGAGUGGUGGAUACAUCCCCACGCGCUGGCAGUCCGAACGUUGCAUCGACUUUCUGCAAGUGGUCGCCCCUCAAGGUUCCUCUGUGUCACCGUCGCCGUGCCCGGUGUCUGUGCACUCUCGCGUGGAUGACUUUGCUCUGUCGGAUCACCGGGCCGCUCUUUUCAGGUUGCCCGUGCAGCUCAGGAUGCUUACGGGCCUGCUUGCCUCUUUGAGGAGCUCAGGUCUCAGGAAUCCGUGGAUGAGGAGGAGCAGAAACGUCUUCAAAACUGGCGGCGUCGUCUGCAAGGAUGGGCCUACCGUUGCCUCUACCGACCAGGGUGCUGUGGACCUCCUUGUCGACUUUUGGAGUCACGUUUGGCUCCGGGCCAGGAGUGCCUCCGGUACCGCUCCUGGGCCCUCUGGCUGGCGACCCGAAGAGCUUUGUGACGCCCCUGAGGCUGCUUUCGCCGACCUGGCGUCGUUGCUCAACGAGGCCCUGCGUGCAGGCUGCGUUCCUAGUGUGUGGCAAGAAGCGCUCCAAGUUCACUUGCCCAAAGAGCCUGGUGCUACUUGCGACGUCGAGAAACUCAGACCGAUCACGGUGCAAUGCGCGGUGUGGAGAACGGUGGGCAGAGCCAUCAUGCACAGGCCGCAGACCCGUGCUUGGGUCAGUCGCUGGGUUCCCGAUUCGUUCCAUGGGGGGGUCUCAGGCCGCGACGUGUUCUCUGCCCUUUGCGCCGUGGAAGAGGAUACGAUUGCUGGUCAGCAUUGCGUCGCUUCGCUGGAUUUGGCCAAGGCGUUCGACUGGGUGGACCCCAGCGAACUUUGCUUGAUGCUUGAGUUCCUCGGUUUUCAUCCGGGCGUUUGCCAAUGGCUUCGCGCCGUGUGGGUGCAACAGAGUCGGUGGCUUUCUUGGCGACACGCCGUCUCCAAAGAAGCUCACUGGGCCGGUUCGUCCCUGCCGCAGGGCGACCCCUUCAGUCCGAUGGGCAUGAUGGUCUACUUGGCUGCUGUGGCACGCAACGUUAGCCAGACCGUCCCACGCGUGAGGCUUUCCUUUUACGCCGACGACCGCAACUUGGCAGCUCGGUGCGCGAACACACUGCUGGACACCGUUGAGCUGGUGACUGACUGGACGCGUCGUUUAGGCUUGCAGGAGAACCGGCGGAAGCUGGCUGUGCUACCUCGCACUCAGGAACAGAGGACUGUGUUUGAGCGGAGGGUUCCUGAUCGGAUCGUGACCUCGGUCAGGCUUCUUGGGACUGACCUCGGUCAGCGCCGUGGGCAAGCCGAUAGGUCCGUCGACGGCUUUACCGGCAGCUGGCACUUGGGGUUGGCUGGGGUUUCGCGCUCUGUGGGCAGCUCGACCUCCACCUACUGGCGUCUCUACAAGGCCGCGGUGAAAGGGCACUCCGUUGGCUCUGCUGACUUGAUUCGCCUGCUGGAUGGACAUUACACUGACCCUUGCUACACUGCAGGGCAGGCCGCUUUGUCUCAUCUUUGGCGAUGCUGGCAGAAUGGCUACAGGCAGUUAUGGACCCUUCGACCUCUUCGCGGCACCUGGCAAGGCCGCGUCCGAGAGCACUUGGCGCAGCUGGGCUGGACUGAGGUUGGUCCGUGGGCGUGGUCCCAUCCUGCGAUCGGGGACAUCUCCUUUGCUGCGCAGCAGGCCCUCGAUCGGCAGAGAGGCUUGCACUCUGUGCGUGAGUCGUGGAGGCGGGCGCGCUUUCAGUCUUUUCUGGGCGCCAACAGGCGAGACAGCCGCGAGCUUCGCACGUCUGGGGCUGUCUACUCCGAGGCCAGGGUCAAGGCGGUGUCUAAGCACUUCCAGUCGUGCUCGGCCCACGAGAGGGCUGUUCUCGUUGGAGCUGCUUGCAGCUUAGCUUUUCACCAGGCACGUGACGCAGCUGCUGACGAGGACUUUUCUGCUUGCAGUUUUUGCCUUUCCGGCUCGAUUGGCUCAUGGCGGCAUCUGUGCUGGGAAUGCCCCCACUUCGCUGGCACCAGGCCAGCUGUGCACAUGGAUCCUCUGACCGAGAGGCUGGGGUGGCCUUCUUUCGAUGCUGCGCGAGGACGCUGGUGCUGGACUGUCCUGCAUCACAUGGCUUGUGUUAGGGCCGCGCUGCUCGGGCGCGCUUAG